GACGAUUCCGGGCGCUUCCUUCCCUUCUAGAAGGAGCGUGGUGAAGAUGGCGGCGCAGAAGUCGGUGCCGAGUGAUCUAUUUAAAUGCGUAUAUUCAUUUCUGCUGGAAAACAAGUUUACCAAGGCGGCUGAGCAGUUCCUGAAGCAGACUAAAGUCAAUCCACAAGAUCAAAAUGAAGAAAGCCUCGUCAACAUCUACAACUUCUGGGUGAAGUCUCCUGAAGCCAAGAAACGAAAAGCACCCAUUAAUGCUGAAGCUACAAACGGUCCAUCAGCUAAGAAAGCAAAAACCAGUCCAGAAAGCUCCAGUAGCGAAGAGUCAAGCAGUGAGGAUGAAAAAGCUCCUGCAAAACCAACUACGGCAGCUCCAGCAGCCAAAACAGUGCCUGCUAAAGCAGCAGCAGCUGCUAAAGCUGCAUCCAGCAGCAGCGAAGACUCAAGUGACUCUGAAGAGGAGAAGGCUCCUCCAAAGGCUCCUGUAAAGGCUCCUGUGAAGCAACCUCCUGCUGCUGCAGCAGGCAGCAAAAGGAAAAAGGACAGCAGCUCUAGCAGUGAAGAAUCUGACUCUGAGGAUGAACAGCCUGCCAAAGCUGCUGCACCAAAACCCAAAGCCGGUGCAGCCACUACGCCAAAAGCAGCUGCUCCUGCCAAGGGUGCAGCUCAGAAGAAGCAGGAGAGCAGCAGCAGUGAAGACAGCUCCUCAGAUUCUGAAGAUGAAAAAUCAGCCAAGGCUCCAGUCAAACCUGCCCCCGUAAAGAAGACAGCAGCUCCAACUCCUGCUGCUGCUGAAUCAAGCAGUGAAGAGUCCUCAUCUGAAGAUGAGGCUCCUCCCAGCAAAAAACCCAAAGCAGGAGCGUACAGCGCAGUUCCACCUCCUGCUUCAAUCCAGAAAGCUCCUGCUGCACCAGCAGCCAGCAAGGCCAAGGAGAGUGACUCUUCAGACAGCAGUGAUGACAGCAGUGAUGAGGAUGAGAAGAAGAAAGCAGCUGCCAAACCUGCACCUGUAAAAGUGACUAAUGCCAAACCUGCUGUGUCCAAACCCGCUGCAAAGAAGCAGGAGUCCAGCUCUGAGAGCUCCGAUUCGAGCUCAGAUGAAGAGGAGGCCAAGAAGCCUGCAGCCAAGGUCACUCCAGCAAAGGCAGCCCCAGUCAAACCUGCCCCAGCUAAGGCUGCACCUGCUAAGGCUGCACCUGCUAAAGAAGACGACUCAGAUGAAGACUCAAGUUCAGAGGAGGAAGAAGAGGUGAAGAAACCUGCAGCAAAGGUGACACCUGCUAAACCCACGCCUGCCAAGACUACCCCAGCUAAGAAGGACGAGUCCUCAAGCUCAGACUCAGACAGCAGCUCUGAAGACGAGGCUCCAGCAAAACCUUCCGCUAAAACUGCAGCUCCACCACCAGCUGCUGCUUCUAAAGCCCCAGCCAAGGCAGCAGAGACCAGCUCUGAUUCAGACGACUCGUCCGAGGAUGAGGAGGAACCAGUGAAAGCCAAGCCAGCAGCUAAAACUGCUACCCCAGCUUCAAAGCCUGCUACCCCUGUUGUAAAACCUCCUGCAGCAGCAGAGAGCAGCUCAGACUCUGAUUCUUCGUCUGAAGACGAAGAGCCAGCUAAGGCCAAGGCAACAGCAGUUAAACCUGCUACACUGGCCUCAAAGCCUGCUACUCCUGCAGCCAAGCCUGCUGCUGCAGCAGAAAGCAGCUCAGACUCUGAUUCCUCCUCUGAGGAUGAAGAAGCGCCAGCUAAAGCCAAGCCAACAGCAGCCAAACCAACUACCCCAGCUUCAAAGCCUGCUACUCCUGCAGCCAAGCCUGCUGCAGCUGAAAGCAGCUCAGACUCUGAUUCCUCCUCUGAAGACGAAGAGCCAGCUAAGACCAAGGCACCAGCAGCUAAACCUACUACACCGGCCUCAAAGCUGGCUACUCCUGCAGCUAAGCCUGCUGCAGCAGCAGAAAGCAGCUCAGAAUCUGACUCCUCUUCUGAGGAUGAAGAACCUGUCAAGGCUAAACCUGCUGCGGGUAAAGCAGCUACCCCAGCCUCAAAGCCUGCUACACCUGCAGCUAAGCCUGCUGCAGCAGAGAGCAGCUCUGAGUCCUCUUCUGAGGAUGAGGAAGAACCAGUGAAAGCCAAGCCGGCAGCAGCAGCUAAACCAGCUACUCCUGCUUCAAAGCCUGUUUCAGGUGCAGCAGCAGAAAGCAGCUCUGACAGUGACAGUUCAGACUCUGAGGAUGAACCAACCAAACCUGCAGUCAAGAAACAAGCCCCUGCAGCAGCCAAGAAACCUGCAGCUGCUAGCGCCACAAAGUCUCCUGCAGCUACAACAAAGAAAGCUGAGGAGAGCAGCUCUGACUCCUCAGAUAGCUCUGAUUCAGAGACGGACACCGCCCCUGCUAAGCCUGCUGUCACCAACGGCAAGGCAGCAACCCCCAAGACGGCCACUGCAGCAGCAAAGGUUGCAGCAAAGCCAGCAGAGUCGUCAUCCAGUGACAGCAGCUCUGAAGAGGAGGAAGAGGCCAGUAAGAGUACUGCAAAACCUCCUGCACCGGCCAAGACAACCCGAGCAGCUAAACCUAAAGAGAGCAGUAGCAGCUCCUCAGACAGUUCAUCAGAUGAGGAGGAAGCACCGCGCAAAGCAGCCACUGCACCCACCACCCCCACAACAAAUAGUACCAAGGGAAAGAGAAAAAAGGAUGAAGACUCAUCACAAAGCGAAGAGGAAGAGACGGAAGUUAAGACACCAAAAAACAAGAAAGCAACAACCACACCACAGACUUUCCCAAAAGCCAGUAAGAAGUCUUCCAACGUACCCUUUCGCAGAAUAGUUGAGGAACAAAUAGAUGUGGAUCCCCGUCUUGCAGACAAUUCUUUUGAUGCCAAGCUCGGAGCGAAUGGGGACUGGGGCCAGAAAGCCAACGACGUGCUCAGGUUCACAAAAGGCAAGUCAUUCCGCCAUGAAAAGACGAAGAAGAAGAGAGGAAGCUACCGUGGUGGAGCCAUCUCCACAACAAUCAACUCAAUCAAGUUUGACAGUGACUGAGUGACCUUCUCAGUCUUGUCCCUCCCACUUGAACUGUACCGUACCUGUGUGGUCAGGAAUAUCAGUUUUCAGCCCCCACCCUCCUGUAAACAGUCUCUCUGCCGGCACCAGACAGAAGAAUGGAUCCAUAGAGCUGAGCUGGCACUUUCAUUUAGCGUGCUGUUAGUCUGCAAUGAAGACUGAUGGCUGAUUUGAAUUAACAGUUUAGCGGAGCUGUUGCAGCCAGUAAAAUAUGUUCCCAGCUGUCACAUCAGGCUGUAGUGGUCGACAUCCAUGUGACAUUAUUACUUAUAGCCACUAGGUGGCUGCAGGCCAUCAGCUAAUGCUAAAAAGCCAGUGUGUGUGUUGGGCCCUUUUGCUUGUUUUGACUUAAUUCUCAAAUGAUGAUGUGAUGUCCUGUCAUUGUUUUGUAACAUUAAUUUUUGUUUACCUAUAGAUAACUGACAGCCAUCCAUCGUGACAGGUUCUUUAUGUGAAAGAAAACGCUAUUGAUUUUUAACGGAUCACAUGGAUGCUUGCUUGUUUUGUCAGCUCUUCUUUGACCACAUUUAUAUGUAGUAAGGGUGUGUCUGGGCUUUUCUCUUAACAUUACAAGAAAACACUGUUGGACAGAGCAGAGUUUUGUACUGUGUAUUUAUUAUGUUUUAUUCCAUUUCAAAGUUUAGGACCUAAGGAGCCUUUUCUGUACUAUUCUCAAGGAAUUUUGCUUUUAAAUCAUUGUUUCUUCUGAUGUUGGGGUGCUCUUAUCAUCCCUCUAUUCUGUUCAUCAGUGGUAUUGACUUUAUUAUUCACAAACAUAACUGAGAGCCAUGUUUGUUUCAGUGAUUUGAAUUUACUGUAUUGAUUUCCGUGUACCACUGAUCUAUUUUUUUUUUUAUUCUAGCAAUUAAAAAUACCUAACAGUUUAAA